UAUGGUUUAAACGAAGAAAAUAUUCGACUUAAAUAGGUUACAAACGGGUAAGUCUCUUGGAAUUUGUUGCAGCUGAUUUGAGAGUUGCCUGUUUUCCCGGUGACUCUCAAGCAAACUGGAUUCAGAUACUGUAUGGGCGGCGCGUGUUUGUGAUUCAGUUCUGUAACCACAGGAGAUGCUUUAAGAGACCUCAGUGGUCAAGAAAAACUUUGGGUCACUGGAGUGGAGAAAUGGCAGGUGACAAAACUACAUCUGAGGAUGUGCGCUCCUCAAGAGUCAUCAGGGUUGUUUUCUUGGCUCUGCUACUUGACUUGCUGGGUUUCACAUUAAUACUUCCCCUGCUCCCCUCCAUCUUGGACCACUACAGUCAAACUGGGGAUGGUGUGUAUCAGUCAUUACAGAGCGUAGUGGAUUGGUUCAGAGAGGCGGUUGGAGUUCCUAUGGAAACAAAAUAUAACAGUGUUCUUUUUGGAGGUCUGAUAGGCUCUCUCUACUCUCUGCUACAAUUUCUGUCAUCGCCCAUUACUGGGGCUCUUUCGGAUGAUUACGGAAGAAAACCACUUCUGCUGUUAACAACCGUAGGUCUCAUUGCGUCCUACAUUCUGUGGGCAUUCUCUCACAGUUUUACCAUUUUUCUGUUGUCUCGAGUGGUUGGAGGAAUUUGCAAAGGUAAUGUCAGCCUGUGCACUGCUAUUGUGGCGGAUCUGCCUUGCCCUAAAGCAAGAAACAAGGGAAUGGCAAUGAUUGGGGUUGCUUUCUCCUUGGGGUUCACACUGGGUCCAUUAAUGGGAGCAUACUUUGCCCUGCCAUGCUGGCUGUCCUUUUUUUCUUUAGCAGACCUGCUUUUUAUUUUCUUCAUGCUGCCAGAGACUUUACAAAAGGGGGCAUCAGAGUCUUCAGGUGUUCAACAAUCUGGAGAUCUUCUUCAUCCUGUUGCACUUUUCAAUUUCUCUGCCGUCACAAGAACAGAGAAUCCACCAUCCGAACAAAAAAUGCAAAAUCUUAAAGUGCUUGGAUUGGUUUACUUCACAUAUCUAUUUCUCUUCUCUGGGCUGGAAUUCACCUUGAGCUUUCUGACACAUCAGCGCUUCCAGUUUUCCAGCAUGCAGCAGGGGAAGAUGUUCUUUUUCAUCGGCAUUACCAUGGCUGUGAUCCAGGGCGGAUAUGCCCGCAGGAUCAAACCAGGUCAUCAGAUCCAGACUGUUAGCGUGGCAAUAAUAUCACUUAUACCAGCCUUCUUGCUCAUUGGAAUAGCAUGGAAUUUGACACUACUCUAUUCUGGGUUAUUUUUGUACUCUUUUGCUGCUGCUAUUGUAGUUCCAUGCCUUUCAACACAAGUGUCUGGACACGGCUCAGCUAAUCAGAAGGGAACAGUAAUGGGAAUCCUUCGGAGUCUUGGAGCUUUAGCUCGAGCAUUGGGCCCUAUUGUGGCUUCUUCAGUGUACUGGUUGGCUGGAGCAGAAUUAUGUUUUGUUAUCAGUUCGGCGUUCUUUAUAGUCCCUCUGAUUUUACUGAGCCGACUGAGGAGACAGAAGGAGGAAUGAGAUUAAGAGUUUUAGGAUUCACUCUUGUGUCAUAAAGGAGUCAGACCUCUUUUUCCUUGCUGAAAACAUUACAGCCCACUCAAGAAAGUUCAUCUGAGUAAAGUGUUUACAGUGGAAAAAAAAACCC